UCAGAGUCUGAGGUUAAAUGUGGAACCUGCUAAAGCCUCAGAUCCAGACCAAGACCAGGACCAGGACCCGGUCUGGACUCGAACUAAAUCAGGACUCUGCUGCUCCAGGAGGAGAGUCGACAUGUCUGACACUGAGGAACAAAUCGAAGCUCAGGAUGAGGUAGUGGAGGUGGAAGUGGCUCCAGAGGCCGAGCCAGAAGCAGAAGAAGAAGCAGAAGAAGAAGCAGAACCAGAGGAAGAACCAGAACCGGAACCUGAGCCUGAACCUGAGCCUGAGCCAGUGGAAGACGCCUACGAGGAGGAAGUCGACGAAGGAGACCAGGACGAAGAAAAGCCCAAAUUUAAGCCCUCAGCCCCGAAGAUCCCUGAUGGAGAGAAGGUGGACUUUGAUGACAUCCAGAAGAAGCGUCAAAACAAAGACCUGGUCGAGCUGCAGAGUUUGAUCGACGCACACUUCGAAUGUCGCAAGAAAGAGGAAGAAGAACUCAUCGCUCUGAAAGAGAGAAUCGAGAAGCGUCGUGCUGAGAGAGCCGAGCAGCAGAGGAUCAGAGCCGAGAAAGACAAAGAGCGCCAGGCCCGAAGAGAGGCUGAGCGAAUGAGGAAGGAGGAGUUAGACCUCCAGAAACGUCACGACGACGAAGCCAAAAAGAAGAUCGCCCUCACCAACAUGGGCUCAGGCUACAGCAGCCACCUGCAGAGGGUGGAGGGGAAGCGAGGGAAGAAGAAGCCAACGGAGCGAGAGAAAAAGAAGAAGGUUUUGGCAGAGAGAUGUAAACCUCUGAACAUUCAGGACUUCAGCGAGGACAAGCUCAGGGACAAGGCGAACGAGCUGUGGGAGCUGCUACACAACCUGGAGGCCAUAAAGUAUGACUAUAAUGAGCGCCUGAAGAGACAGAGGUACGAAGUCAUCUCCCUGAGGAACCGCAUCGACGAGCUGCAGAAACACAGCAAAAAGGGCGCCGCAUCCCGCCGCAGGAAGUGAUGUCAACGCGCCACGGGAAGUGACCUGAUGAACUUUCAGAAUCAUGUGUGAGAGUUUCAGCUGAACUAGAAUAAAACUAUGAACCAC